AUGCUUAGGAUGUCCAAACGCCCGCGUCGCCGCCAAAAAGGCUACGCCUCUGAGCCAGAGGACGGAGAAACCGUUGAGACUCUACUGGACUUUGUGCCAGGACCAACUUUGCCUGCUGUACCUAUUGCGAACUCGUGGAAUUACGGUGCUACCGCAGGGACAGGCCUUCCUCGAAAGAUGGCUUUGCAGCCAGCCCUGGAUGCUAAUCGAGUGGCCAAGAGAAUCAAUGCUGGCCUCGAUUUGGCAGAAAAACGAUCGACCAGUCCCCCUUCGCAGAGAAUCUCAAAUGGAAACCUCGAGCCCUUGGGGCCUCGUUAUCGGAAAAAUGUUGCCAAAAACGCCGCCCCUGUUCCCCGAAGGACCAAGCGACAACCUACUCCAGACCAGACUCAGCUUAUGCAAUCGUUGCGAGAUGUUACCAACUCUCCACCUGCAACUGAUGCCACGCCUACACCACCCAUCGCACAGACAGUCUCUACAGACUCGAGUCCCCCUGUUGAGCCGCCUUUGCCACGACGACUGUCUGAAUCAUCAAACGAAACUAUUUACCCAUCACCGCUCAAGCGACCUGGAAACCCCAACAAUAAUGCUUUUGAGCGGAACACACCGGAUCGGCAGAGCUCGGUCGACAAUGCGUCUGAGGUGUCGUUCAAUCUAGAGCGCGACAUUCAUGAAGACAACUUGCAACGAACGAGACCAAGCAAAUAUCGAGGAGAACCCCAUGGUCGCAAUAUUACAAAACCCCCUCGACGCCCAUCGGGCCUCUCCAUGAUUCAGGACACGAUUCUGGAAGAAGACGAAGAGCCUAGUGAGCUGCUUUCUCAGCCACCAAAGAAGUUCGACACAGUCGCUGAGACUGGGGAAUGGGACGCGCCAGUGCGGACAAUCAUUCCACAAGAAAUCGAGUCAAGAACCAUCUCGGCGAGUUCUACCGAGGGCCCUCGCAGAGAUAGCUUCGCUCAACAGGUUUGGGCUGCGAUGUCAUCACAGCACUCUGGCAGCCGUACGACGAAACCUUUCACACCUAAAAGGAACAGAUGGCUUCGAGUAAUCCUUCUCCUACUUCCUCUGGCCCUUUUAUAUGCUUUGUAUCAGGAUGAGAUUCUGCGAAGUUUCCACGGUGGCACUAUGGCGAGGAUCCGCUGGUGUUUGCCAUUUGGGGGAUCCGGAAUAGACUUCUCGUCCAAUAUGACCGACUCUGCAGCCUUCCACGGUCUACAAAGUAAAGUGACGAACAUGAACUCGCAAGUGUCAUCUCUAUCCCGUGAACUCAGUUCAUUGCGGUCCGAACUCGCUCAAUCUCCACGCACCACUAGCAUCGUCGACCCCGGCCGGCUUCCUAAGCCAGUCCCAAAGAUCAAUUUCCUGGCCCCGGGGUUAGGGGCGAUCAUUGACCCGAGAGACCAUAGGACUUCCCCAACCGCUGGCCACAAGCGAUCGUUUGCUCAGAAAACCUUGCAAAAUAUACCCUGGCUUGGGUCCACAACCGGUGUUCGAGAUGCGCCGGAACCUAUGACUGCCCUCGAGCCCUGGAGGGACGCUGGGGACUGCUGGUGCGGUGCCCCUCGUGAUGGCGUCACCCAGCUGAGCGUUGUCCUCCAAUACCCUAUCGUCCCCGAGGAGUUUGUUGUUGAACACAUCCCCUUCAGCGCCACCCUUGAUCCGUAUGCUGCACCCAAAGAUAUCGAAGUCUGGGCUCAUUAUGGUGUGUUUCCCUCCCCGGAGGCGCCGAUUGAGGAAGUAUCGCAGACUCCUCUCACCUGGAGCAAAUUCACCCGCUGGAUCUCCGAGACACAGGAUGCGGCAGAGUCCGAGCACAACUCGGAAACAGCAAAAAUCACACCGGUCACCGAAGACACCCUUCCUCUGGUGGUGAUGAGCACUUUGCGUAUAGCCAAUAAAGGCGUACCCGAGCAAGAGUACUCAGGUGAUCCCAAGCUGGGUCCGGGCUUUUACCGCAUCGGCAAGAUGAGGUAUGACAUUCACGGGGAGAACAAUAUACAGUCUUUCGCAUUUGACGGCGUCAUCGAGAUUCCUCAUCUUCGGGUGGAUCAGCUCACGUUCCGGAUGAAGUCGAAUUGGGGUUCGAAUCAUACGUGCAUCUACCGAUUCAAGCUCCAUGGGCAUCUGUGA